CGAAAAUGACUUUAUUCAACAAAUCAUAAAGAUAUUGGAACAUUAUAUUUUAUUUUUGGAAUUUGAGCAGGAAUAGUAGGAACUUCCUUAAGUUUACUAAUUCGAGCUGAAUUAGGAACUCCAGGGUCAUUAAUUGGAGAUGAUCAAAUUUAUAAUACUAUUGUAACAGCUCAUGCUUUUAUUAUAAUUUUUUUUAUAGUUAUACCUAUUAUAAUUGGAGGAUUUGGAAAUUGACUUGUACCUUUAAUAUUAGGAGCUCCUGAUAUAGCUUUCCCACGUUUAAAUAAUAUAAGUUUUUGACUUUUACCACCUUCUUUAACCUUACUAAUUUCAAGUAGAAUUGUAGAAAAUGGAGCAGGAACUGGAUGAACAGUUUACCCCCCCCUCUCCUCUAAUAUUGCUCAUGGUGGAAGAUCAGUAGAUUUAGCUAUUUUUUCCCUUCACCUAGCUGGAAUUUCAUCUAUUUUAGGAGCUAUUAACUUUAUUACUACUAUUAUUAAUAUACGAUUAAAUAAUUUAUCAUUUGAUCAAAUACCUUUAUUUGUUUGAGCUGUAGGAAUUACUGCAUUUUUAUUAUUAUUAUCUUUACCUGUUUUAGCUGGAGCUAUUACUAUAUUAUUAACUGAUCGAAAUUUAAAUACAUCAUUUUUUGAUCCAGCAGGAGGAGGUGACCCUAUUCUUUAUCAACAUUUAUUUUGAUUUUUUGGACAUCCCGAAGUUUACAUUUUAAUUUUACCAGGAUUUGGAAUAAUUUCCCAUAUUAUUUCACAAGAAAGAGGUAAAAAGGAAACAUUUGGAUGUUUAGGUAUAAUUUAUGCCAUAUUAGCAAUUGGUUUAUUAGGAUUUAUUGUUUGAGCUCAUCAUAUAUUUACUGUAGGAAUAGAUAUUGAUACACGAGCAUAUUUUACAUCAGCAACAAUAAUUAUUGCUGUACCAACAGGUAUUAAAAUUUUUAGUUGAUUAGCUACUUUCCAUGGAACUCAAAUUAAUUAUUCACCAUCUAUUUUAUGAAGAUUAGGAUUUGUAUUUUUAUUUACUGUAGGAGGAUUAACAGGAGUAAUUUUAUCUAAUUCCUCUAUUGAUAUUACAUUACAUGAUACUUAUUAUGUAGUCGCUCACUUUCAUUAUGUUUUAUCUAUGGGAGCUGUAUUUGCUAUUUUAGGAGGAUUUAUUCAUUGAUAUCCAUUAUUUACUGGAUUAUCAUUAAACCCAUAUAUAUUAAAAAUUCAAUUUUUUAUUAUAUUUAUUGGGGUAAAUUUAACUUUUUUUCCUCAACAUUUCUUAGGAUUAGCUGGGAUACCUCGUCGUUAUUCAGAUUAUCCUGACUCUUAUAUUUCAUGAAAUAUUAUUUCAUCUUUAGGAUCAUAUAUUUCAUUAUUAGCAAUUUUAUUUAUAUUAAUUAUUAUUUGAGAAUCUAUAAUUAAUCAACGAAUUUCAUUAUUUACUUUAAAUUUAUCUUCUUCAAUUGAAU